AUGGAUUUCAAUCAUUUCUCUUCAGAGUCAGAAUUCAGAAUUAUCAUCACUAACAAUGAAGAAACCCUUGAAGAAAUGGCACAAGCAAAAGCGAUAAUGGAACUGUAUAAUGAUAUACGAGAAUUACAAGCAACACACAAGGAAGAGCUUGCUUCCAUGAAAGAGACGUACAAGGAAAAGCUUGCUUCCAUGCAAGGAAGAGCUUGCUUCUAUACAAGAGAUGUAUGA